UUGACCUUCAAAACGGGAUUACAACCUACCAAGAAAAAAAAACACACGAAGAAGAAGUAGCCGAGGAAGCGUCGCUGCCUGACGUGACAACCGGAGCUCCGUGUGUACUCCUGUCAUCUCUCACCCUGACGAUGGUGCUGAGGGAGGUUCCAGUUGAGAACAUCGCCCGUCCUCUGGGCAGAAACGAGGUCAUCGGCCUGCUCUUCCGUCUCACCAUCUUCGGCGCCGUCACUUACUUCACCAUCAAGUGGAUGGUGGACGCCAUCGACCCGACCCGAAAGCAGAAGGUGGAGGCUCAGAAACAGGCGGAGAAGCUGAUGCGUCAGAUCGGUGUUAAAAAUGUGAAGCUGUCAGAGUAUGAGAUGAGCAUCGCAGCUCACCUGGUCGACCCACUCAGCAUGCAGAUCACGUGGAGGGACAUUGCCGGUCUGGAUGAGGUCAUCACAGAGUUAAAGGAGACGGUUAUCUUACCUGUUCAGAAGAGACACCUGUUCCAGGGAUCCAGACUGCUGCAGCCUCCUAAAGGCGUGCUGCUGUACGGGCCCCCGGGCUGCGGUAAAACGCUGAUCGCCAAGGCGACGGCCAAGGAGGCGGGGUUCCGUUUCAUCAACCUGCAGCCGAGCACGCUGACGGACAAAUGGUACGGGGAGUCUCAGAAACUGGCCGCUGCCGUCUUCUCAUUGGCCGUCAAACUGCAGCCGUCAAUCAUCUUUGUGGACGAGAUUGACUCGUUCCUGAGGAGUCGAUCGAGCUCGGAUCACGAGGCCACGGCCAUGAUGAAGGCUCAGUUCAUGAGUCUGUGGGACGGACUCGAUACUGACUACCACUGUCAGGUGAUCAUAAUGGGAGCCACUAACCGUCCUCAGGAUCUGGACUCUGCUAUCCUGAGAAGGAUGCCCACCAGAUUCCACAUCAACCAGCCUAGUAUGAAGCAGAGAGAGCAGAUCCUCAAACUCAUCCUGGAGAACGAGAGCGUCGACCUCUCGGUGGAUCUCCUCGACGUCGCUAAAGGAACAGAAGGCUUUUCAGGAAGUGACCUCAGAGAGAUGUGUCGUGACGCCGCGCUGCUCUGCGUCCGAGACUUUGUCAACACUCAGAGCGACAGUCCAUCAGAGGAUUUUAUCCGCCCGAUUCAUCAGUCCGACCUCCAGAAGGCGAUCUGUAAGAUGAAGAAAUCUAAAACAGCGGGCGGACAGGGAGCCCUGCUGCACGCCGCUCUGGACUGAACACACACACACACACACACACACACUGAUCACAUGACGACCUCAGACAGUGUGUACAUACUGACCUGCUGUCUCUACAUGUGUUUAAAUAUGUUCAACAUGUGCCACUGCUUUUUUUAUUAAUUUAAAUCAAGCGAUCAUGCUGCUCGGAAAAAAGGAUUUGAUAUCACAGAAAACAUGAGUCAUAUUUGUGAGUCUAGAAUUUAAAACCAAACUACGCUUCCUCCUGCUGUAAAUAAAACUCACAGUAAUGUUUUUUUUUAUUUUAAGGUUACAUCUUAACUAAACUCUGCUCCACAGCUGCUGCCGGGUUUAAUAACAUAUAGCUCUUUAGUCUCCUGAUAAUUUCAUUUAAAGUCUAAAGAAAGUUUUUACUUUUUAAGUUCUCUGUGAAAUCGAGCUGGUGAUGUUUGGAACCAUUUCUCUGGUUUGAAUGAAAAACAUGAACCCUGAAUUCCCCCUCCCUCUAAAAAUAAAAUCCAUGAAAGCC